AUGGAAGGUGGGUUAAUUUACUCUGGAUCUGGAAAAGGGUACAGAAACAAAAGGCCGGCCGGCUUGACGGGUUUCGUCAAAAGCAUGAACACUUCCCUGAAAAUUUCAUUGGGUAUCUGUGUAAGCUUCUUUAUUAUACUGGUUGGAAUUCUUUUGAUGCUUAGUAUCUGCAAGAUAAUUGAGUUGCUAAAACGCAUUGCAACAUCACAACACAUAUUGGCUAUACAUAAUAAUAAUGCACCUUCCAAGUUAGCACCCAGAAAGUUUUCUGCACGAGAAAUUUCUUGGGCGACAGAUUAUUUCUAUGACGGUAGAAUCAUUGGUAGAGGAGGCAAAGGAAUAGUUUACAGAGGAGUUCUACAAGAUAAAAGCGUGGUGUCCAUAAAGAAGUUCAAGUUAGACGUACCUAGUAGAAUUGUCUCUAAAAUCUUUGUUAACGAAGUGACUAUUCUUUCUCAGAUUAAACACAGACAUAUUGUGAGGCUCUUAGGUUAUUGUGCAGAUCUGGGAGGAGAAACCUUAGUUUGCGAGUUCAUCAACAAUGGCACUCUUUAUGAGCAUAUUCAUGGAAAAAGCAAAGGAUCAUCAACACUCUCAUUCCAAAUGCGAAUGAAGAUAGCAGUAGAAAUCUCAGCAGCACUAGAAUAUUUGCACUCCUCCUCCUCUACUUCCAAGAAUAUAUCAAUCGUACAUCUAAAUGUGAAUUCGAAAAGAAUACUAUUAGAUAAGAAUUACAGGGCAAGAUUGGCCAACUUUAGAGAGGCAAAAGUGAUUCCUCAAGAUCAAACUCAAAUACAAGGUACCCUGCGAGGUUUAGCCGGAUACUUAGACCCUGAAAGUAAAAAAUCAAAAAAGUUGUCAACAAAGAAUGACGUCUAUAGCUUUGGAGUGGUCCUAGUUGAGCUACUGACAAGCCAGAAAGCAUUUUGUGGUGAAAAGCCUAAGGGACAGAGAGGCCUAGCAAAGUUAUUUGCUCGUUCAGUGGAAGAGGGUCGCUGGGAUCAAAUUCUUGAUGGUAAAAUAAUCAAGGCGGAAAAUUUGGAGACAGCCAAGAAAGUGGUUGAUCUCGCAAAAAGCUGUUUAGGGUUGCAAAAUGAAAGGCCUUCCAUGAGAGAAGUAGCCAUGAAGCUCGAGGUCAUGGCAUGGGAUUAUUCAGCUGCUAAGGGACUGGCUAAGUUGAAUUUUUCUCCUUUCCCCAAAGAGACCGACGAAUUGCUUGGGUCACCUUCAAACGCUCAACUUCUUCAUGUCAGACGAGAACAUGAUGAAUAUUUUGGCCGUGCAGAGUUAUACUACAACGGCAGCUUGCAAAAUCAAAUCGAAAUUAAUGUCGAACUCGUAUGA